UCCCCGGCAGCAGCCCCGAGCCAACUUGGACCCGUCAACUCCGUGUCCCCGUGCCGGUCCGCGAGCAGAGCGGCUGGCGGCACCUCCAGAGACGGCGCGGGGCUGUGCUGUCUGCGCUGGUGGAGACGGGAGGCGAACAAAGUUUGUCGGGAGCCUGGGUGACUUUCCUCGGGGACCCGCAUGUGUGCGUGUGCGGGGGCCCGGGAGCGCGGAGCUGGUUCCCCGGCUUCCCGGGGGGUGGGCGCCGGGCUCCCGGCCCCCCUUCACCCCGCCUCGGUGGCUUGUUUAGGAAAAGUGCUGGUGAACUAGUAGUGGAGGCUCGCAGGAGCCCGCUGCCCGCCCCGCGAAGGGAGGGCGGCCCCGGAGGGCUGAGAGGGCGCCGCACCCUUCAAGCCCAGGCGGCAUCUGUGAGCCAGGGCGCGAGGUGGGAAGCAGGGGCGUGGGGCGCCCUGCAGGCCGCCCUGUGACCGCCGAGAUGAGGGAACAGCCCGUGUUUGCCUGGCUCUGACUGUCAAGGCUGUGUGGUUGUGGACCGCAAAAGGCAGGACGUGAUGGAAACAGGACCUGAAGGCCCUUUCAGAAUGCCGGAGGAAGGCUCUCCCAGGCGCACCCCGCAGCGUGUUCCGUACCAGGACCUCCCUCACCUGGUCAACGCCGACGGACAGUACCUCUUCUGCCGCUACUGGAAACCCUCGGGCACACCCAGGGCCCUGGUCUUUGUGUCCCAUGGAGCAGGGGAGCACUGUGGCCGCUACGACGAGCUGGCUCGGAUGCUGGUGGGGCUGGAGCUGCUGGUGUUCGCCCACGACCAUGUUGGCCACGGGCAGAGCGAGGGGGAGAGGAUGGUGGUGUCUGACUUCCAGGUUUUCAUCAGGGACGUGUUGCAGCACGUGGACGUUGUGCAGAAGGACCACCCGGGGCUUCCCAUCUUCCUCCUGGGCCACUCCAUGGGCGGUGCCGUCACCAUCCUCACGGCCGCAGAGAGGCCUGGCCACUUCUCCGGCAUGGUUCUGAUCUCCCCGCUGGUUCUCGCCAAUCCCGAGUCUGCCACGACUUUCAAGGUCCUCGCUGCGAAAGUCCUCAACCUUGUCCUGCCGAACGUGUCCCUGGGCCGGAUCGACAGCAGCACGCUCUCUCGGAAUAAGACAGAGGUGGACAUCUACAACGCGGACCCCCUCAUCUGCCGGGCCGGGCUGAAGGUGUGCUUUGGCAUCCAGCUGCUGAACGCCGUCGCGCGGGUGGAGCGGGCGCUGCCCCAGCUGACCCUGCCCUUCCUGCUGCUGCAGGGCUCCGCCGACCGCCUGUGUGACAGCAGGGGCGCGUACCUGCUCAUGGAGUCCGCCAAGAGCCAGGACAAGACGCUCAAGAUUUACGAAGGUGCCUACCACGUCCUCCACAGAGAGCUUCCUGAAGUGACCAGCUCCGUGUUCCGUGAGAUAAACACGUGGGUCUCUCAAAGGACAGCGGCGGCAGGGACGGGGUCCCCGCCCUGAGUGCGCCGGCUGGCCGUCGGGCCACAGUCGGGGAAGCAGGCAGAGGAGGGGCAGG